AUUCGGGAGGCAUCUGCAUACAAAUGGUGAUUGAUAAGGAGACUUGGAUAAUUUGUUUCCACCCGAAGUGGGACUUUUUCUGGUGGGGGGAAGGGUGCUGUGAAUAAUUGCGCUGGAAAAACAGGGGGCAAACCUGAACAGUUUGGGGCAAACAGAAAUGUGAGAGUGGAGGGAUUUACCCAGGGAAAGAGUGUUGAAGAAAAGAAGAAAGGAGCCCAUUAGCAGGUCUUGAGAAAGACCAACAGUAGAGGAGUUGCCCGAGAAAGAGAAACUCACACCGGAUCUUGGGGGAGGUGAGCCGGGAUACUGGAGUGUCAGCCUGGGGCAGUUUUCCUCAGCGAGUCACCUGGGGUGCCCCCAAGACCCCAGGAGCUGGGAAUGCUUUGGGUGAUAAGGCCCACGAGGUGGCCUUUAACAGGAGCGGCCGGGAAAUCACUGGUGAUUUACUGACCAACGUUUCUUGGGUUUGGUGGAGUUGGAAGCCAAAUGAAAGUAACAGGAGUGAGUGGGAGGUGAGGCCCCAGCCACAGCCCGUGCAAAUAACCCGUUUCCAAAGUGGCCUUGGAGGGGAAGCAAAAGAUAGGACUGUCCUGGAGGUGGAGUCAAAGAAGUUUCCUUUCUUUUUGAAAGCAAGAAACCAGAAUGCGUUUAGUGCUUAAGGGAAGGAACCAGCCACAGGAGAGGGAAGAAAAAGUAGAAUGCGUAAUGACCCCCUCUCCAGGGGACAGCGUGGAGCAAAGUUCCUGAGCCGCCAGAGCUGAGAAAUUACCUUUACACCUGAGCAGCAACCUGAAGACCUCCCGGGUGGAGAGGAAAGACCUAGGCGGCGCACCAUGGCCGUCAUGGCCCACCUGCUGGCCGCCGACGUGCAGCAGCUGCUCCACAACAAGUUCGUGGUCAUCCUGGGAGACUCUGUCCAAAGGGCCGUGUACAAGGACCUGGUGCUCCUGCUGCAGAAGGACCUCCUGCUCACUCCCACCCAGCUCAAGGCCAAGGGGGAGGAGAGCUUUGAACGGGACAAGCUGGUGGACGGAGGCCAGCGGGGCCCCAUGCACAACGGCACCCAGUACCGGGAGGUCCGCCAGUUCUGCUCCGACCACCACCUGGUGCGCUUCUACUUCCUGACGCGCGUGUACUCCAGCUACCUCGAGGCCAUCCUGCAAGAGCUGCAGUCCAGCCAGCACGGCCCCCCGGACGUGAUCAUCAUGAACUCCUGCCUCUGGGACCUCUCCAGGUACGGUCCGGACUCCUGGAAGAGCUACCUGGAGAACCUGGAGAGCCUGUUCGAGCGCCUGGGCCAGGUUCUGCCCGAGUCGUGCCUCCUGGUGUGGAACACAGCCAUGCCCGUGGGCAAGAAGAUCACCGCGGGCUUCCUCCCGCCGGAGCACCGGCCUGAGGAUUCCUCCCUGAGAGACAGAGUCAUCGCGGCCAACUUCCACAGCUCUGCGGAAGCGAAGAAACACGGCUUCGAUGUGCUGGACUUGCACUUCCACUUCCGCCACGCGGGGCGCCACCUGCAGCGGGACGGAGUGCACUGGGACCAGCUCGCGCACCGCCACCUCUCCCAGCUGCUGCUGGCCCACGUGGCCGACGCCUGGGGCGUGGAUCUGCCCCGGCGGUACCCGGUGGGCCCCUGGAUCCGGGAUGGCCCCGCGAGGACCGGACCCGGCUGGGGAGUUGAGCGGCAGCCCCAAGCCAGCCCAGAUCAACCGUCCAUGCCUCCUGCCGGGUACCGCCCCCUGCUCCCACUUCCCCAUCUACCCCCGCCCCCGCCUCCCCUCCUGCCCUUGCCCCCACAUCCUCGCCCUUUUCCCUUUCACCCUGUGAUGACCAGAUUCCAGUUCGGUCCCCGAGAUCACUUUUCUGCCUCAGACCAUCCUUUCCAGUCCGAUCAGUUCUCCUCAAACCAUUUCCAUUCAGAUGUCCCCUCACCUACCCAGACAGGAUUUUCCUUUGAAGAUGAUCCCCAGCCACCCAGGCCCCCUUUCCCCACACCCUACCUGCAGCGGGCCCCUGUGGUUCAUAGGGGGUUUCCCCGGCAUCUACCUCGUGGCCCCUAUGUGCCCUGGGGUCGGCGGCCCAGAUCUUCCAAGAGACAGGCCCCAUCCCACCCACAGCCAAGGCCUCAAUAAACUGACUUGGGGGCCUUACUCCUCAUGGUGGACAUGGACUGGGCAGAUCAUCUGACUCUCCUGAAACAGCCUGACCUUGUUAACGGAAGCCUUUGCUCCCUGCUUGGACUUCUUUUUGGUCAUUGCUGUUACUAAUAAUGGCCUAGAAGAGCCCUUCAACCAUUUUUGUUGGCUGUGGCCUUUUCCUCCAAUCGCUGGCGGUGACCAAGCAUUAUUCCUGUCUCUCCACUCCCUGUCCUCUUUGUCUUUUUGUAAACCUAAAAUUGAAAUAAAGAAGUAGUUUCACAAAAGUAGUUGUAGAUUUUGCGUGUGUCUGUAUGUAAUGGUGCCUCCCCUUUCCAUUAAAUAAUUAGCUUAAAAAGCAAGGACGGUAUCUGUUGACUUGAGUGUUUAUGGCAUCUACUUGACAAACUAUUCAAAGUGGAAUUUGUCUAAAAUCAUUCUGAGGCUUUCCAUAAAAUACACCUGAUUCCUUACGAAUAAGCAGAAGAACUUUAAUUUUUUGUGGUCUUUUCCAGAGAUUCUCAAAGACUCAUUGAAUUUUAAAACUGGGAAGAGUGGGGGCGCCUGGGUGGCUCAGUCGGUUAAGCGGCCGACCGGCUCAGGUCAUGAUCUCGCAGUCCAUGAGUUCGAGCCCUGUGUGGGGCUCUGUGCUGACAGCUCAGAGCCUGGAGCCUGUUUCAGAUUCUGUCUCCCUCUCUCUGAUCCUCCCCCGUUCAUGCUCUGUCUCUCUCUGUCUCAAAAAUAAAUAAACGUUAAAAAAAAUU